GAUAAAAUACAAUAUAGUCUGUAAUGUGCAUGUGCAUUGUGCAUAUAAAUAUUUGUAAUUCAUAAGUUAUUUAUUGAAAUUACACCUUAUUCUUACUGAACCCGUAUCAAAUUGAAAAAAUAUUAACUUUGAAAGUACUUCCGACGAUCCGUUUUCCAAAAGGUAAUUAUAUUUGCUCAAGAACAAUGUCGAUGCCACAUAGUAGUUCAAGUACAACAAGCUCAAGUACAAAGCGAAAGGAAAUCUAUAAAUAUCAGGCACCAUGGCCUCUUUACUCGAUGAACUGGUCAGUUCGCCCAGAUAAACGAUUUAGAUUGGCUCUCGGAAGUUUUGUUGAAGAGUACAAUAAUAAGGUACAAAUAAUAUCGCUUGAUGAAGAGACAAGUGAAUUUAGUGCUAAAAGCACUUUUGAUCACCCUUACCCAACUACCAAAAUCAUGUGGAUACCAGAUAGUAAGGGCGUAUACCCUGACUUGCUUGCAACAAGUGGUGAUUACCUUAGAAUCUGGCGUGCUGGUGAACCUUACACACUAUUUGAAUGUGUCCUAAACAACAACAAGAAUUCAGACUUUUGUGCUCCCCUUACUUCUUUUGACUGGAAUGAAGUAGACCCUAACCUGAUUGGAACGAGUAGUAUUGACACAACUUGUACUAUUUGGGGCCUGGAGACUGGUCAAGUCCUGGGAAGGGUCAACGAGGUGUCAGGACAUGUGAAGACACAGCUUAUUGCUCAUGAUAAGGAAGUAUAUGACAUAGCAUUUAGUCGUGCUGGUGGUGGCCGAGAUAUGUUUGCGUCCGUAGGAGCUGAUGGCUCUGUGAGAAUGUUUGACCUGCGGCAUUUAGAGCACUCAACUAUUAUAUACGAGGAUCCCCAACACACCCCACUGCUACGAUUGGCAUGGAACAAACAAGACCCUAACUACUUAGCAACUAUUGCUAUGGACGCAUGUGAGGUCAUUAUUUUGGAUGUACGGGUCCCUUGUACCCCCGUUGCCAGAUUGAACAACCAUAGAGCCUGUGUCAAUGGAAUUGCUUGGGCACCCCACAGCUCCUGUCACAUCUGCACAGCCGGUGAUGACCACCAAGCAUUGAUCUGGGAUAUUCAGCAAAUGCCAAGAGCUAUAGAGGACCCCAUUUUGGCCUACACCGCUGCUGAAGGGGAAGUAAAUCAAAUACAAUGGGGCGCAACACAACCUGACUGGAUAGCAAUAUGCUACAACCGACAUACUGAAAUACUCAGGGUAUAAGGUGGUCAAAAAAAUUCAACCCAUGCAUUAAUUAAUUUAAUUUGUUAAGAUUGAAAUCACAUAUUUAACUGUCGACUUUAUGAUUGGAAGUUAGUCAUGUGUGGAAACAUACCAGGUGUGAAUGGGUUUAUGGAUGGAUUUCAUAGAAAAUAAUUAAAAAUAGCUUGAUUUUAUAAGUAUUAAUUUAUAUUGGUUUUUGGAACUGGUCUUAUUAUGGUAAAAUUUUCAAUCAGCAUCAAAGCCAAGGUUAUAUUGAUUUUGUCCAUUUAACAGAUAAUGUCUGAAGACUCAGUAUUUCUGACUUAACUAAUAUUAAAAAAGAGUUUGUGUACUUAUGUACACGUGUUAGAAGUUAUAUUUCUUUGGCGAAUGAAAAAAAAUAACUAAAAU